AUGCUUCCCAGGUACCAGGCGCUCCCGACGUCCCCCCUGUCGUCGUCGGCGACCGAGAAGAGUCCAAAGAAAUAUAACCUGUCGCUGUUCAGUGGGAGAUGGGCGACCCGUUGGCUUUUCGCGGCACUUGCAGCAGCUGUUGUCGUGUUUCUUGGAUUGCCGAUUUUGCGGGAUCUUAAUUGGGAAUGGGGGUUUCCCUGGAGUCAGUCGACCGUACCUCUGCAUUUACAGGGAUACACUAGACCGUCGUCGAUACGUUUACCGACCGAGGAGGAGCAGGCGUUUUGGGAUCUGAGGAAAGAUGAAGUGAGGGACGCAUUUCAGCAUGCGUGGACGGGAUAUCGGUCUGUCGCUUUCCCGAAUGACGAGUUGACCCCGGUUAUGGGGGGAAAGUCCAACAAAUUUAAUGGAUGGGGAGUGACACUUUUUGAUUCGCUCGAUACGUUGUGGAUGAUGGGGCUUGAGGAUGAAUUUUCCAGUGCAGUUGAGACUGUCAAGGAUUGGAAAUUUGAAGAGAUCAAGCCUGAUCAGUUCGUACCAUUCUUUGAGACGACAAUACGAUACCUAGGAGGCCUGUUAUCAGCAUAUGCACUGUCAGGAAACGAGAUUCUUCUCAAUCUCGCUGACGAUGUUGGACGGAUUCUCAUCAAGGCAUUCAAUGAAGCAACGUCUUGUCAGUUGGAAUUCAAGUACCUCGCCAAGUUGACCGGGAAGAGGGAGUAUUAUGACAAGGUUCAAGCUGUUAUGGAGAUAUUUUACAACGCGAGCAACGCAACGAAUGGUCUAUUUGUGGACCAGUGGUUUGGUUCGACGGGGUUGCCGAGUGGUAACCACAUUACUGUCGGUGGCGGAUCCGAUAGCGGUUACGAGUAUUUUUUGAAGCAAUGGGUAAUGAGCGGAGAUGAAAAGGCCCGAACCCAAUAUCUGACGUCCAUAAACAGCAUUAUCGACAACCUCAUCUAUGUCACUCCCAAUGGCACACGCGGGCUCAUGUACGUCACGGACACGGAUACCUACAUGACCGCACACAGACAGGAGCACCUCUCCUGCUUCCUUCCCGGUCUCUUAGCCCUCGGCGCCGCCCUCCUGGACUUACCCCCUGACGUACGCGAGAAGCAUGAGUGGGCAGCAAGCGGAUUGACGUAUACGUGCUACAUUGCGUAUGCGGACCAGCAGUCUGGUUUGGCGCCGGAGGAGAUACGGAUGAAUGGACCAGGGGUCAAGUGGGUCGAUGAGCUGAGGAGGUGGGAGCAAGGUGGAAGACAAGGGAAAGCACCAGGGAUGGGUGAACCACCUGCGUAUAAGAAUUGGGAGCUGAGGGAGUAUGCGAAUGGAUGGCCAAGUGUUUACCUCCUUCGCCCAGAGACGAUUGAGAGUAUAUUCUAUAUGUGGAGGACUACCGGAGAUGUGAAAUGGAGAGAACGUGGUUAUGAAAUAUUCAGAGCAAUAAGCACCCGCACCCGCACCAAGUUUGGGUUUUCGAGUGUCGUUGGCGUCGAUAAACGCCUAAGGCUCCUAGACGAGAUGCCUAGCUAUUUCCUUGCGGAAACUCUCAAAUAUUUCUAUCUGUUGUUUGAUGAGAUUGACACAUACCCCAUGGAUAGAUGGGUUUUCAACACGGAAGCACAUCCUCUUCCUACAUUUUCAUGGACGAGUGAUGAGAGAGAAGCAUUCAAUAUCACAUUGUAG